AUGUCUUCCGCCAAGAGUUUGAAAUCUGGCUUUGUAUCGUUACAAUUAAACCAAGUAGAAUGGUGUGUCCCGUCAAGAUACAACGAGCUUUCAAUGAUCGGCUAUGGGGCGUACGGAACCGUUUGCUCUGCUCAUGAUAACAAGUUAAAUCGUCGGGUAGCCAUUAAAAAGUUAAGUAGACCCUUUGAAAAUAUUGAAUAUACAAAACGGACAUAUCGAGAAAUCAAUAUUUUAUCUCAAAUGGAUCAUGAAAAUAUCGUUUGUUUGAUUGAUGCAUUUUCACCGCAAACAUCAUUAAAAGAAUUUACAGAUAUUUAUCUAGUAACGCCGUUGAUGGGUGCUGAUCUUGGAGCUAUCAUUGAAACUCAGUCGUUAUCUGAUGAACAAAUACGUUUUCUUGUGUAUCAAAUCUUACGAGGUUUAAAAUAUAUGCACAGUAUUGGCUUAAUUCAUCGAGACUUAAAGCCAGCUAAUAUUGCAGUAAAUGAAGAUUGUGAAUUGAAAAUUCUUGACUUUGGCUUAGCACGUCAGAAACAAGAAGAAAUGACUGGUUAUGUUGCAACUCGCUGGUAUCGAGCACCUGAAGUUAUGUUGAAUUGGAUGCAUUAUAAUGAAUCUGUUGAUGUUUGGUCUGUAGCAUGCAUUAUGGCUGAAUUGAGAAAUCGUGUACCUUUAUUUAAGGGUGGCAAUCAUAUUCAUCAAAUCCAGUUGAUUCUCAACUUAUUAGGAAAACCGGAUGAAGAGUUUAUGAGAAAAAUUAACAGUCCUGAAGCAUGUGAAUUUAUUCGUGAUAUCAGUAAAUGUGAACCACAAAAUUUGUACACAUAUUUCUCUUCUUUUUCAAGUGAUGCUGUUGAUUUAUUGCAACAAAUGCUUCACCUUGAUCCAGAUCGACGUUUAACAGCUGCUCAAGCAUUAGCUCAUCGUUAUUUUGCAACAUACCAUGAUGAAUCAGAUGAACCGAUUGCAGAGAAAUUCGACGAUCCGUUCCAAGACGAUAGCAAUGUAUCGUUAGAUCAAUUAAAAGAAGCUGUAUGGAAUACACUAGAAAAUUUUGUACCAAAUUUAAACUCGCUACAUUUAUGUGCUUCCGAAGUCACAAGUGUGGCCUGA